AGACACUAUUAGCGCUACCAGCAUCAGUCCAUCUUUAUUACUCAUUAAAAGUAGAACAAGGAUAAACUGAUGCUGAUAGCGCUAAUAGCGUCUACCCGAAAGGGAUAGCGAAUGUAAGGUUGUUACAAGCAAUACAAGUAGCUGAAAAGAAGAAUGACUAAUUUACGUUUAUUUGUCACAUCAACGACAAAUUUAUUAAAUAAUUAUGGAUUAGCAAGAUGCUACUUGACGAGCUUUAGAAGAGGAUAUAGCGUUUUCCCACCUACUUAUAUUCAACCAACGUUUAGAAAAGAAGAUCAAGAAGCUCUGUUUCAAAGCGAUGAAGCAAAAAAAAUUGUGCAUCAGCAAGUGAAGCCAGCAUUCGUCACUGACACAUGUUCUGAAUUCUAUGAUAAAAGAGUGCUGAAAUUUAUCAAUACCCUUAUGAAGAAUGGAAAUAAGAAACUAGCAACAACAUUGGUAACCAAUACGUUUGAAACUAUCAAAAGAUUGCAACUGGAACGUUAUCACAAGGCAAUGACGAGCGAGGUGAAAACUAGUAUUGAAUUGGACCCAUUUGUGAUUUUCCAUCAGGCUAUUGAUAAUUGUACACCAAUUUUACAAUUAAGAAGUUGUAAAAGAGGAGGGAUCACAUAUCAGAUUCCUGUUCCAAUUUCACCUUUAAUGGCACAGCACAAAUCCAUGUUAUGGCUGAUUCAAGCUGGUAAUGAAAAAGGCAGUGGAGAGAGAUUUUACAAUGUAUUGGCCAAAGAAUUAAUAGCAGCUUCUCAGAAUCAGGGUCGUGCGGUUAAAUGGAAGCAAGAAUUACACAAGAAAUGUCAAGCAAAUCGGACUUAUGCACACUUCAGAUGGAUUAAGUAAAUAAUAGGAUAUAGAGUCUACAUAAAUAAAAUAAAUUUGAAAUGAAACAA